AUGAAUAUUUCAGUUCAUAAUUGGAAACCGCUAAACUGGGCCGUUUCGGACAGGCGCUUGCCUGACACUCUUCGCAUUUCUGAGGUUGUGACUUAUUACCGCUGGAAUUUGGUGGUGAACGUCGAAGACGUCGUGACGAAGGAGGAGUAUUCCCUUAAUAUCCCCAUCAUUCAUAUGGAGGAGGGACCAGAUUUGGAGGAAGAGGAUAUUUAUCAAGCGAUGGGCUUGGCGGCUGCGGAGGAGAAGGAAUCAAUGCUGCAGGCUUGCGGUAACACUCCGGGUGAGUUGGCGGCCUCCCAGAAGGGCAUAAAAGUUGCACUCUACACUGGCGAAAUAUCUGGUCUCGACCGAACUCAUUUGGAACGGCACCUAAAGGUAUAUAAUACUGUAUCAUUGAUGGAAAAGGUUGUUGGGGACCUCGGAUGUCUGAGAUAUACAGCAAGGGAAGUCGAGCAAAAGGCGCGGGAUUACAUCGCCUCGCGUUUGUUGCAGAUAGUGAUAAAAGUCGAGCUUUCAGGAGUUGGUCAUCUGCAGCUUGACUGGGACUCCUUGUUUUUGCGUGAAGACGGUUCUUUUUUCUUGGGGAAUUUUGGGAGCGGCGCUCCUUUCGGAGAGGAGAUAUCCCCCUUAAGGGGCAGUGUGGCAUUGCAACAAGAACCUGCUGUAAUGUCGCAUUAUGCCCACAGUAGCGCCUUUGUAGCUGAAGCUAAAGUAAACAUGUGGGGCCUAGGGAUUCUUCUAUACCAGCUCUACACGGGUUAUGACCACCCCUACGGAGUUGUGGAGGGGCUGGACUGGGCGGAACAAGCAGCAAGCCUAUCAAAGCAGCUAUUGGAUAGUAGGAAACGUUCUCAAGAUCUGAUUCCGCAGUUGGAAGCUUCAAAAGUCCCAAAGAGGUGGGCGCAGCUUAUUGUGCGUCUGCUGGAGCCCAGGAGGAUGCACAGGAUAGGCGGCUUCCAAAUUCUUCAAGAGUUUCCAGACCUGCUUGACAAUCAUGCUGACUAA